GCCCACCCUCUUCGAAUGGCCGGGACAGGAGCGAGACGGGGCUGCGCGUGCGCAGUGGCGUUGGCUGCCCUUCCGGUACGCCCGGCGCGGACAGGCGGCGCGGACGCAGGCACGCACGGACGCACCGUCUCCCCUACACGCGCCGCCGCCCUAGCUCACUCUUACACCCGAAGCGGCGUCAACGCAGCAGAGAUGCUGCGAGCCUGUCAGUUAUCCGGCGUGACCUCCACCGCCCAGAGUUGUCUGUGUGGGAAAUUUGUCCUCCGUCCCUUGCGACCAUGCCGCAGAUACUCCACUUCAGGCAGUUCUCGGUUGUCUGCUAGCAAAAUUGCUGGAGCUGGCAUUUUGUUUGUUGGCGGCGGUAUUGGUGGCACCAUCCUGUAUGCCAAAUGGGAUUCCCAUUUCCGGAAGAAUGUAGAGAAAACCAUACCUUACUCAGAUAAACUCUUUGAGAUGGUCCUUGGUUCCCCACCUUACACUGUUCCAUUGCCAAAGAAACCGAUUCAGUCUGGUCCACUGAAAAUCUCUAGUGUAUCAGAGGUAAUGAAAGAAUCAAAACAGCCUGCCUCACAACCUCAAAAACAAAAGGGAGAUACUUCAGCUUCAACAACAGCACCUACAGAGGCAGCUCAAAUUAUCUCCGCAGCAGGUGAAGCACUGUCGGUCCCAGCCCCUGUGGUUCAGCAUGAGGAACCUGUAAAAACCGAUCACCCUGAAACUGGUGAAGGAAAACCCAAGCCUGCAACUUCAGAGGAAGCAUCCUCAACUUCUGUAAGGGAGCGGCCACCUGAAGAAGUUGCAGCACGGCUUGCCCAACAAGAGAAGCAAGAACAAGUUAAGAUUGAGUCAUUAGCUAAGAGCUUAGAAGAUACUCUGAGCCAGACCGCCUGCAUCACUCAGCAGGCUAUUGUGGCUCAGAAUGCUGCGGUGCAGGCUGUCACUGCCCACGCGAACAUACUGAAAGCAGCCAUGGAUGAUUCUGAGGUUGCAGGUGACAAGAAGUCAGCUCAGUGGCGCACCGUGGAGGGCGCGUUGAAGGAGCGCAGAAAGGCAGUAGAUGAGGCUGCUGAUGCCCUUCUCAAAGCCAAAGAAGAGUUAGAGAAGAUGAAAAGUGUAAUUGAAAAUGCAAAGAAAGAAGAGGUUGCUGGGGCCAAAUCUCAUAUAACCGCUGCAGAGGGGAAGCUUCACAACAUGAUAGUUGAUCUGGAUAAUGUGGUCCAAAAGGUUCAGGCAGCUCAAUCUGAGGCUAAGGUCGUGUCUCAGUAUCAUGAGCUCGUGGUCCAAGCCCGGGACGACUUUAAACGAGAGCUGGACAGUAUUACUCCAGAAGUCUUGCCGGGGUGGAAGGGGAUGAGUAUUUCUGAUCUAGCUGACAAGCUGUCUGCCGAUGACCUGAACGCCCUGAUUGCUCAUGCGCAUCGCCGCAUUGACCAGCUGAACAGAGCACUGGCCGAACAGAAAGCCACAGAGAAGCAGCACAUCGCCUUAGCCUUGGAGAAACAGAAGCUGGAGGAAAAGCGGGCGUUUGACUCUGCAGUGGCAAAAGCAUUAGAGCAUCACAGAAGUGAGAUACAGGCUGAACAGGACAGAAAGGUAGAGGAAGUCAGAGACGCCAUGGAGAAUGAAAUGAGAACCCAGCUUCGCCGGCAGGCUGCUGCCCACACGGAUCACUUACGAGACGUCCUUAGGGUCCAAGAGCAGGAACUGAAGUUUGAGUUUGAGCAGGACCUGUCUGAGAAGCUUGCUGAACAAGAGUUACAGUUUCGUCGGCUCAGUCAGGAGCAGGUUGACAACUUCACUCUGGAUAUAAACACUGCCUAUGCCAGACUGAGAGGAAUCGAGCAGGCCGUUCAGAGUCAUGCAGUUGCUGAGGAGGAGGCCCGAAAAGUGCACCAGCUCUGGCUCUCAGUGGAAGCCUUGAGGUACCGCAUGAAGACGGCGUCUGCAGACCUGCCCACGGUUCCCCUGGGCAGUGCAGUUGAGGCCAUCCGAGUCAGCUGCUCCGAUAGUGAAUUUGCCCAGGCGCUAACCGCGGCCCUCCCUCCAGAGUCCCUGACCCGUGGGGUAUACAGUGAAGAGACCCUUAGAGUCCGUUUCUAUGCUGUCCAGAAACUGGCCCGCAGGGUAGCCAUGAUCGAUGAGACCAGAAAUAGCUUAUACCAGUACUUCCUCUCCUACUUACAGUCCCUGCUCCUGUUCCCACCUCAGCAGCUGAAGCCACCAGCAGAGCUCUGCCCCGAGGAUACAAAUACAUUUAAGCUACUGUCAUAUGCCUCCUAUUGCAUUGAGCACGGUGACCUGGAGCUGGCAGCAAAGUUUGUCAAUCAGCUGAAAGGGGAGUCCAGACGAGUGGCCCAGGACUGGCUGAAGGAAGCCCGAAUGACCCUAGAAACUAAGCAGAUAGUGGAGAUCCUGACAGCAUAUGCCAGUGCUGUAGGGAUAGGAACCACUCAAGUGCAACAGGAGUAAGGCCUAGGAAGAGUCCCGUAAAGUCAUGUUAUAUAUCAGAGGAAAUCAGCAGUAAUACCUGAAGGGUUUGCAACAGGGUCUUAGAAUUGUCUAGAAGUGAGAAAGUUACAAGUACUGUUCCAAAUGUUAACACCUGUUGCAUUUAUAUUAUUUCCACUUGCUAUCAUGUCAGUCAACUCCAGGAGUAUUUUAUUUGCAACUUGUGUAACAUUUUCUGUUUUUCAGGUUUUACUGAUCAGGCUGGUGAGCCAGUCAAAAUAAUGUUUGUGAUCACUAUUACUAUUGAUUUUGCCCUUGGAGCAAACUGAAUAAAAUAAAAAGAUGACAACUGAGUAGCUCA